AUGGCCAUUGCGAGCAGUAAAGAAGCAUGUCUCUUCAUCCCAUGGACAGCCAUUUUCAUGGGCAUAUUUGAGGCAUUCCAAAUGGCCAAAUUUUGCAGCAUUAUAGCAGGUGGAUAUGCCCCAUGGACAGCCAUUAUCAUGGGCAUAUUUGAGGCAUUCCAAAUGGCCAUGUUUAGCAGCAAAGCAGCAAGUGUAUUCAUCCAAUUCUUUCCAUGGACAGCCAUUUUCAUGGGCAUAUUUGAGGCAUUCCAAAUGGCCAUUUUCAGCAGCAUGUUGGCAUGUGUCUUCUUCCCAUGGACAGCCAUUUUCGUGGGCAUAUUUGAGGCAAUCCAAAUUGCCAUUUUCAGCAGCAAAACGGCAUGUGUUUUCAUCCCAAUCACAGCCAUUCUCAUGGGCAUAUUUGAGGCAAUCCAAAUCGCCAUUUUCAGCAGCAACUUUGCAUGUGCGAUCAUGCCAUGGACAGCCGUUCUCAUGGGCAUAUUGGAGGCAAUCUAA